UUUCUGAUUUCUGUUGUGUUGAAACAGCGGUUACUCCAGACGUCCAGCCUGCACACAGCGUUUGGGGGCAGGAGUCGCUCCGCCUGCGUCCAGCUGGGCCGCAGACACCAGGGAAAGCUCCUCUGGGUGAACGCAGUCAGACACAACAGCUCACAGGUCCCAGUUGACAGCCUUUCCGCGGCAGACGUUCCGGCUCUGGACAUGGCGUCCGUCCUCAGUCAGGCGGCGCCCGACGCCCCCCCCACGGCGUUGGACGCCAUCCCCACGGCGGUCGACGUCCUGCAGGCCGUGGCGGCCGAGCCCCGGCUGGCCGAGCUGGGGCUGGCCGCGAACACCCCGGUGGGCCUGAUCCAGAACAUGUUGGAGUUCUUCCACAUGGACCUGGGCCUCCCCUGGUGGGGAGCCAUCGUCGUGGGAACGGUUCUGGCCCGCCUGGCCGUGUUUCCCGUCAUAGUGAAGGGGCAGAGGGAGGCGGCCAAGCUCAACAACGUGCUUCCCCAGAUCACCAAGCUCACCAACAGGAUGAACGACGCCAAGCAGAGCGGGAACAAGUUUGAAUGUGAGCUCCUCCUCCUCCUCCUCUUCCUCUUCUGUCCUCUGGCCGCUGCUCACCGGCAGCCGCCUCUGCUUCUCCUACAGUCGCCAAGGCGUACUCCGACCUGA